CGGGGUGUUCUUUGCGUCGGUGGUUGAUGACGUAAAAUUGAUGCGACGCGCUGUCAGGAGUCCUUGGCUGCUUUGCUAGGCCUGCUGGAGGUGAAGCAACUUUCCUUCAACGCGUGAGCACGUCGACAAAAUGCACACUUGGACCCAAUUUUAUCGAACUGUCGCCACGCGAAGUCAUCAGCUCCCUUGCAAGCUGCACGGAGCCUCCGUGUUGUCAAUCCGGACGUACGCCGACAAAGCGCCGAUCGAUGCGGACGUCACGGUGGUCGGUUCCGGUCCGGGCGGCUACGUCGCCGCCAUCAAAGCCGCCCAGCUGGGCUUCAAGACAGUUUGUGUGGAGAAGAACGCCACAUUGGGCGGCACCUGCCUGAAUGUUGGCUGCAUCCCCUCCAAAGCCCUUCUGAACAACUCGUACUUGUAUCACCUGGCUCACGGCAAAGACUUUGAGAGCCGAGGCAUCGAAAUUUCCGGCCUCUCCCUGAACCUCGAGAAGAUGAUGGCGCAGAAAAGCGGGGCGGUCAAAGCGCUGACGGGCGGCAUCGCGCAUCUCUUCAAACAGAACAAAGUGACCCACGUCAACGGCUUCGGCAAGGUGACGGGAAAGAACCAGGUGACGGCCAUGACGACCGACGGCGGCGAGCAAGUCAUCAACACCAAGAACAUCCUCAUCGCCACCGGCUCCGAGGUCACGCCCUUUCCAGGAAUUCAGAUCGACGAGGAGACGGUGGUGUCAUCAACGGGCGCGCUGUCCUUGCGGAAAGUUCCCGAGGAGCUGAUCGUGAUCGGCGCCGGCGUCAUCGGAGUGGAGUUGGGCUCCGUGUGGCAGCGCCUGGGCGCCAAGGUGACGGCGGUGGAGUUUCUCGGCCACGUGGGCGGCAUGGGCAUCGACAUGGAGAUCUCCAAGAACUUCCAGCGCAUCUUGCAGAAGCAGGGUGUCAAAUUCAAGCUGGGCACUAAAGUGCUGGGCGCCACCCGCAGGCCCGACGGAAAAAUGGACGUGGCCGUGGAGGCGGCGGCCGGCGGCAAGAACGAGACGCUGACGUGCGACGUGCUGCUGGUGUGCAUCGGCCGGCGACCGUUCACGCACGACCUGGGCCUGGAGGCGCUGGGCAUCCAGCUGGACAACCGCGGGCGCAUCCCCGUCAACGGACGCUUCCAGACCAGCGUACCCAGCAUCUACGCCAUCGGCGACGUGGUGGCGGGCCCGAUGUUGGCGCACAAGGCGGAGGACGAGGGCAUCAUCUGCGUGGAGGGCAUGGCGGGCGGCGCCGUGCACAUCGACUACAACUGCGUGCCCUCCGUCAUCUACACGCACCCCGAGGUGGCCUGGGUGGGCAAGACCGAAGAACAGCUCAAGGAAGAGGGCGUUCCCUACAAAGUGGGCAAGUUCCCGUUUGCGGCCAACAGCCGCGCCAAAACCAACGCCGACACGGACGGCCUGGUCAAGAUCCUGAGCCACAAGGAGACGGACAGGAUGCUGGGCGCUCACAUCCUCGGAAGCGGGGCGGGAGAGAUUAUCAACGAGGCGGCCCUCGCCAUGGAGUACGGCGCAUCGUGUGAGGACGUCGCCAGAGUCUGCCACGCCCACCCGACGGUGUCAGAGGCGUUCAGAGAAGCCAACCUGGCCGCCUCUUUCGGCAAGGCCAUCAACUUCUGAUCGUCUUUUUCGCGUCAUCUUCGCCAGAACAGGAAAUUGCGCCGGCGGGGAAAGUCCCGCCUCCAAAUUCGGAACUCCAGACCCUCCAUGCUUCUUCUUCUACUCUUAAUGUUCUGUGUACACAUUGACAUAAUCAAGUGAACUAUUAUGAGUAGGCGUUGUUGGGGUUUUUUUUUGGGGGGGGGGGCAUCGAGGGGGGGUGGUCAUUAUUUACAAUUAAAAGUUAGCAGUUGCCUUUGUGAUGGUGUCGGGAAGCAGAAAUAUACAUCACAAAGUUCUCAACGCCUUGUUUUGAAAUGCUCAAAACGCCACCGGCCCCCGCUUUUAUUUAUUUCUACUUCCUGUACGACGGCGCUUAGCACGCGUCGUUCCAGUCGGCACUUUACCGCCAUUUAGGACAUCUAUUCCAAUUCUGAAAAUAAGUCGAUCAAUAAAUACAUCAUGUGCUCAAUAA